UUGAUAAGGAGACCUUCGAGAAAACCCAUCCUGAUUCCUGUCAGGUAUAAAUAGAUCCGCACGUCUCGGACGGUCAUCCUGUUCCGAGCUGUGGUACACGACAGAAAGAUGAAUCUCCUAAUUGUGGCUUUGGUAGUAGUGACGGCUGUCUUGGCCGAUGAUCACCAUCACGACUACACCGACCCUUCUAAAUUCGCGGACUACCUGAAGGAUAUACGAAAGAGUCACGAGUUCCAGUAUAUUCCAAUUGAAGAACAAGCACUCUUCGAAAAGCUCGUCUCGGCUGCCGAGCAGGGCAGUACCGAGCUGACGGCCUUCAUCAAAGCCCAGACCUUCGACAAGAUUAUUCGUCUCAUUGAUUACUUGGACGAUGAUGACAUUCCCCACUUUGAAGGUUACCUUGCCUAUCAUCUGGGAGGAACCAUUUUAGGCAAACGACAGAGUGGGAGCGACCUGUUUAACUUCUUGAAAGACCUUGAACUGAUAAAGAAGAUUGACGACGAUCUCUCUCCUGCGGACUUGCAGAUGUUCUUGCAGCUCGUGUACGCUGCUGAACACAAUACCCUCACCCAAUACAUUAACAAGACCGGCUAUGGCAACGUGCUGGAACUUAUGGCACAAAUUGAUGACGAUGAAGCCCACGGCUUUGACCAGUUGAUCAUCAGGCAUCUGGAGUACGAGGCUUCUCUAGCGACCACCGGCAGCGCUGUCUGAUCCAGUCGGCUCCAUGUAAAGACAGUCCAAUAUACUGCAGACAUGCCCAUUGCCAGUUUGGAAUAAAAAUUGCGUAUUCAGUGAAAA